UUUUCCGUUCAUGGCCGAGCAAACGAAGAAGCAUUUUGAGACAUGGGAACGAUUCCACAGCGAACCCAGGAAAUUCAAAUCAAAAUCCUGUUUUUUCCUAAAUUUCCUAUAAUCAAAAAGGUGUAAUUUUUCAGUUCAAAUAAUUAUGUCUGAUGAUUCUGAAUCAGAAUACGACAGUGAAGAUGAUGAAGACUAUAUUCCAGAGGAACCAUCCAGUGAUGAAGAUGCAGGAGGUGCAGAAGGAUCUAAAAAGAACAAAAAUGGGAAAAAACAGGAAAGCAAGAAGAGAAAAGGUGGGAUUCAACUUCAGGAAGAUGAUGAGGUGUCAGCCAAUGAAGAGAGUGAUGAAGUGGAAAAUAUAAAUGCUGAAAUUCCUGUAAAAGAAGACUUGGGAUUAAAAAAAAGAGUUGAUGAUCUUUGGGAAGCUUUUAAACAAGAUACAGCUGCAACAAGACCAGCUGCCUCGUCACAUAUGACACAAAAGACAGAGGAAAAAACUGAGGAGAAUCCCUCAACAAGUUCUGGUAAAAAGGAGGAAAUUCCAAAGAAAGUUGAGGUUACAGAAGUCUUUGAUUUUGCUGGAGAAGAAGUCAAGGUGGUUAAAUCUGUUGAUUCUUCCUCAAUAAAACCUGCACCAGUGAGUGAUAAAGACAACCCUUCUUCUGUCAAACCCAGAGCAGCUUUGCCUACAAAACGUCCUGGCGGAGGGCUCGGGAGUGUUUUAGGGAAAAUUGGGAAAAAACCAAAGUUGAGCACAUUGGAGAAGUCUAAACUUGAUUGGACAUCAUUUAAAAAGGAUGAGGGUAUUGAAGAUGAACUAAAAACUAGCAACAGAGAUGGAUUUUUAGAGAAGCAAGCUUUUCUGAACAGAGUGGAUCAGAAACAGUUUGAAAUUGAAAGAGACAUUAGACAGGGUUUCAGGAAGAAGUAAUGGAACCAUCAAAACAAAAACAAGAACCAAAGGAUCACUUUCAAAAAUUUGUUCAACUGA